AUGGCUCGUGAAUACGACGAAUUGACCUUCAAACGCCAUGAUGUCCUUGUCGUGCUGCCCUGGCAAGAUGGAUUUGAAGAGGUCAGUGAGCUGAAUUUUUUCCGACUUUGUAAAUAUCUAAAACAGAAUCAUGUUUUAUUUCUUUCUCCUAUCCCUUCAAAUAGUGUCGACCGUCAUCCCCCAGCAGGUGAUGUUAUCCCGUCCAUAAGUUGGCGGAGAGUCUCACUUGGCUCAGGAUAA